CUCUACGUUUAUAUCGAUAUUUUCGGCGUUGCUAUUAGAAUAUUGUGUUUUUGAUCAAAACGAUAUUUCGCAAGUGCAUUGUUUAAUAAAAAUGAACACAAAUUUGGAAAGCAAUAAAGGAAAAGUAAUUCCGGCAACCAAGCGCCCAGAUGGCACAUGGCGCAAAGCGCGGCGAGUGAAAGAUGGUUACGUACCACAGGAAGAAGUGCCGCUAUACGAAAGCAAGGGCAAACAGUUUAGUGCCCAACGACAAACGGGCGUCCCGCCAGGCAUGUGCCCAAUCUUAGCCGCUGAGAUCAAAAAGGUGCGCGAGAAAAAGGAGAAGGCUAAAGAGAAGAAGGUUGAGAAACAACAACUAACUAAAAUUGCUGCCAGACCAACGACAGACGCCGCGAGAAUGACCAACUCUUCAACUACGAAUAAUAUUCACAAUGAAUCUCCAAAAGAUUGUGAAUUGUCUAAGCUAACGAAAACUUUAGAUAAGAACUUGACAAUCGUCGAAGAACCUGAGAUGGAUAUAGCGAAACAAAUCAAAAAAUUGAAAAAGAAAAUACGAGAAAUUGAGCAAAUAGAAACUAAAAUCCAAUCAGGCGAUAUUAAUAAACUUGACAAAGAUCAAAUGGAAAAGGUGAAAAAGAAGCCGGAAAUCUUAAGACAAUUGAAAACUAUUGAGGAAAGCUCCACUGCCAUCAAACAUUCAUAGUUCAUUGCAUGUCUCGUGUCUGUUAAAUAGUUUUAAUAAUUGUAAUUUAACAGUAAUCUAAAUGCAGCAUACAUCUGUUUUAAAAAUGUGUGUGUUUUCGUUCAAACUGUUCAAUAUUUUGAUACAAUUAGCAAGAAGCAAAGUGUUUUAUUAUUUUAAAUUAUUUUAUAAAUAAAUGUGGAACGAAGCAGUCGAAA